AUGGGUUCCGGCCAAUCGGUACUGAACUAUCGAUCAGCAUUUGUUGAGCUAACGAAUAAGACACAGCCCAUUGAUGCGUAUAACGAUGAGUUCUGGGACCAGUUUUGGUGCGGCGGUCCUACCCGUAUCAGCGAAAUGUUUGCUUCGGUUCCAGGUAGUGAAAUAAGAACUCUGAGAGAGGAGUCUCCCGGGAAUCUAGCUACACUUUGCUACAAAGCGGUUGAGCGUUUAGCUCACAUAGCUGAAGCUUCUUUCCCAACUACACAGGAUCAACAAACUGCUAUCAACUGUGUUAGGUUACUCACUCGAAUCAUUCCGUACAUUUUCGAAGUUCCGGAAUGGCGACCAUUUUUUUGGUCAGUAUUACCUGCACAGCAGGACUCAAAUCCUGAUGCCGCUAGCAGUGUUCCUCUGGCACAAACUCUGAUUUCUUCGCUCUGUGAUCUUCUUUUUUGUCCUGAUUUCACUGUUCAGUCUAUCACAAAAUCCGGUCCGGAAAAUGCUGAGGAUAUGCACACCAUCGAUAGUUGUGAGUACAUUUGGGAGGCGGGUGUGGGUUUCGCCCAAUCGCCUCCACAAAAUGCCCAGCACGAUGCCAAUCGCACAGAAAUCAUUCGUCUUCUCCUGGUCUGCUUUUCGGAAACCAUGUACCUCACUCAAGAUGAGGCACUCAGGGAAGUUAAUAAGUGGAUCGCCUUUUUCUCUGGUCCCGAAAACCGUCAUGUUCUUCCCCUGUUCACCUCCCUUCUCAACGUUGUUUGCGCCUACAACCCUGCUUCCUCUUCCCUUCCUUAUAAUCAUCUCAUGUUUACGGAUACUCGAGAACCCCUCGUGGAGGCAGCUUUACAGAUGCUUUGUGUCACCUUGGAAGCUGACUUCCGUAAUCUUGACGAUGGGAAAACUCCUUCUGACUCUACCACUCCUGAUAGUACUGGAAACAAUCUUUUCCUCAACUAUAUGUCUAGAAUCCAUCGCGAUGAAGUACGUCUCUAUGCGGUUUCUCAAUUCUUAUGCUCUCAUUAG